AUGCCUCCAUUCUCCAGGUCCAGCUCGAACGCCAACACGAACUCGAAUCUCCACACAUCCGUCACAUUCACAUCACCUGCCAUCUAUGCCGGCGAAGAGAUCGAAUGCAUCAUCACUUUCCGGAAUGUCGCGAGACCAAAGGGUGAGAAGACAGAGGGCAGGGAAAGAGGAGCAGGCAACGAUGGGCUGAGAUCGGGCACUUCGACUCGCACGCACAGUCGAAUGCCGUCUGUGGCUGCGAGUCGGGUCUCCUCAAGAGGAGGGGUUGUAGCAAGAGGUGGGCACAAUAAGUCGGCCUCAUUGAAUGUGGUUGUUUCAGGGAGUUCUCAUGCAGGGACACAUUCGCGGACGGCCUCGAUCACGCCCAUGGGUCCUCCACCUCUUCCAGGCACAAAUGCUGCGAGAUCAGGUAAACCAGCUGGAGGUCACGCACACGGGCGAUCCUUGUCCAUCAUCUCCAUGAACAGCGAAGGCCGACUCCCAAUCCAUACCUCCAAGUCGACGUCUCUGCUCCAGUCUCCGACUCAACAACGGCCAGGAAGGUCUCACACCCGGAGUGCCAGUCUGCAAUAUCCUCCUAGCAGAAGUCCAACAAACCAGGGCCUCCAACCCGCUCCGAGAAAUCCUUCGCCGUUAUACGAGGCUACUACCCCUCCUGCGUUGGCCGAGACUUCGCAGCCAAUAUCGCUGAGGCCGAAUAGGAGACGGCCGGGAACGAUGUCAGUAGGAAGCACGCCGCAGAUAGGGACAAGGCCAGCAGCGGGUGGGAGGAAAGUGUCCAAUGGUGGAGGAGAGGGAAUGAACUCGUUCAGAUUUCCAGCGGACAGCACCAACCCUACAGCGAUCUCGGAGACUGAGUCGCGGCCGAAGCCCGUACGAACACCGUCUACGAUGCAUUCGGGUCAGAAUCGAUCGUACUCUCCUCCAUGGGCUGGUGGAGUACCUCAAAGCGCGAUGAACCCUUUGACGAGAGUCAUGUCAGCCAACUCACAAGACGGCACACCGCGUACCAGCAGCGAGUUCUAUUCAAUGAGCAACCACAGCGACGAGACUUUGUUCUCGGAGAUCGCCACGCCGCAAAACUAUCAUGGCCAACAGCAGCAGGGAAGACUAUUGCCGAAGAACACUGCUACACAUUCCCAACAACUAUCCAGAUCGCUCUCCACGAGAAAAACAUUCUCCUCUGAACCGCAGACGCUGAUGAUGGCAUAUGUCCAGACGAUGGGCCACUUCACGCUCGAUGGGAGUCUCGUCAACACCGCACCAUUCGAAGAAGUCAAGCGGAAAGGUGUACAAGGUGGCGGGGGCGUUGUAGGUGUCGAACGAUCAAAACGUAGCUCAGGCCUCUUUGGAGCGCUGAGUUGGGGCAACAUUGGCGAGUCGUUGGGAGGACUGCUCGGUGGAGACGAAAUGAGCUCCAUGGCACAGAUGAAAGCCAGUGUGGGAUCCAAGACGAUCCCUCUGCUGAGCACGCCGCAGAGCUUGUUAUUCGUUGACUUGCGACUCGCUCCUGGUGAGAGCAAGAGCUUCAGCUAUCGAUUUGUGUUACCGAGAGGUCUCCCGCCGACGCAUAAAGGAAGGGCGAUGAAAGUGUCAUACUUCUUGUCGUUGGGCGUGCAAAGGCCAGAAGGACAGCAGGUGAAGACUUUAGAGAUCCCAUUCAGAAUGCUGGGGAGCUACGACUCGCGCGGAGACACAUUAGGCCACGAUCUGAUGUCGCCAUAUGUCCUACUCCAAGAUGCAGCACGCACACAUGUACUCAGUCCAGACGCAGUGACACCCAACGGUCGGCCAACACCAGAAGCCCAGCGCAAACUCAAAGCCGCUGCAACCAAGAAAUCCAGAUCACCCCAACAGGGCCUUGAAGACUUCCUUCGCUACACCGAACGACUACUCGACACCCCUUCAGACAUUCACGGCGCACUUCUCUCCCCUACCUCACCAUCCUCCAACUCCGGCAUACCAUCUUCCUUCCCUCUCCUCUCCCGCCAAAACUCUUCCGCAGACGCCACCCCCUCCACAAUCCGCGAGGCAAUCGACCUCGCCAUCCUCCGCUCCAACUUCGCUACAACCACGUCGUCCCCAUCACCAUCUUCCUCUCCCUCCUCCCCUUCCGAGCGCCAGCCCACCACUCCCGCCGCAGCCGCCAACCGCUUCAACAUCUCCCGCAACACACACCCGGUAGCAGUCCUCACGCUGCUCCGGCCCGCCUACCGCCUCGGCGAAUCCGUGCUCGGAACUCUCGACUUCACCGCCCUGCCGUCCGCCCAAGUUUGCUACGCUGUCAACCUCACCCUCGAGUCGUCGGAGAUCAUCGACUCCAGUCUCGCGCUUCGCAGUUCCUCGAGCGUUCUCCGCGCUACGAGGAAGAUCCACGCGGCGCAGAGUGUGAAUACGUUGUUUUCGCGACGGGUGGCGUUUAGUCUGGCGGUGCCGGCGGAUGUUGCGCCGGGAUUCGAGACGAGUGGGGUUGGGGUGAGGUGGAGGGUGAGGGUGGAGUUUGUGGUGGGGAGGGAGAAGGUGAGGGUUGAGGAGGAAGAAGAGGGUGGAGGAGAUGAUGAGGAGGAUGGAGAGGAUCAUGGACUGUGGGAGACGGUGGGCAAGGAUGAAAGAGGGGUCGUGAGGAUUGCGAGGGAGAGGCUGGGAGCUGAGGAGUUUGGGAUUGAGGUUCCGAUCAGGGUGCUGGGUGCUGUGGGCGUUGAAGCAGGCAAUGGAGAGGGCGGUGGGUUUGUGGGAUGA